AUGUCGAUCAAAUUAGCUUUCUCUCUCCUCUUCUUUUUCUUACUUUCUUCUCUCUUCUUCGAAACUGCAUUUCCAGCGUUUUUAGCGCCUCUUACCAAAGACUGGUCAACCCAAAAAUACAUGAUCACAGUUUACCUAAAUACCCCUCCCCGUCCCACUAAUUUAGUUCUUGACCUCGGCGCUUCCUUCACUUUAAUGGACUGUUCCUCCGCGGCCUACCACCACUCCUCCUCCACUCCCUGCGGUUCCUCUUUCUGCAGUUCCCCACCAUGCAUAAAAGUUUGCUCCACCGAUUCCGGUCCACUACUCUCGCUCACCGGUAAACCGCCACUAACGGGUCAACCGUUCAUCGGGUCGCUUUCCAUGCCCAUAACCGACGGCCGGAAUCCGGGUCGGCUCGGUUUGAUACCCAAGUUCGUUUUGUCAUGCACGGAAAGGUCUUUACUCAAAGGCGUGAUUGCUAAAGAUGCCGCCGGUUUAGCCGGUCUGGGCCGGUCUAAUUUAUCUAUCCCAGCGCAGGUUAGCAACUUCACCUCUCAAAACUCGGUGUUUGCGCUUUGCUUGUCCGGUUCGCCUUCCGCCCCUGGCGUGGCGUUUUUCGGUUCGACCGGCCCUUAUUUCAUUUCCGAAAUUGACCUCUCCAAAUUUCUUAAUUACACCCCACUCCUGCCGAAUCCGUCUACGAGCGGGAGCACGGUAGUCAGCUACGCCAACCCUUCUAACGAGUAUUUCAUUCGUCUGACCGACAUAAAAGUCAACGGUAAAGCCAUAGAUUUCGAUCGUGCGCUUCUGAGAUUCAACGGGAAAGGAAAUGGUGGGACCAAGUUGAGCACCGUUACACCCUACACCACGCUGCAGAGCACAAUUUUCACGGCGUUAACCGAAGCGUUCGUGAACGAGUCGGCUGCGCUCAACCUCACGGUAACGGGAGCCGUGAAGCCGUUUAGGGUUUGCUACAAAGCGGAUGACGUCAUGAGUACACGCGUGGGACCCGGUUUCCCCACCGUCGAUCUCGUGCUGCAGAGCGAUGAGGUGAUAUGGAGAAUAUUCGGGGCGAAUUCGAUGGUCAGGAUCUUCCGUGAUGACGCGGACGUGUGGUGUUUGGGAGUCUUGGAUGGUGGGUCCCACCCGAAAUCAGCGGUCGUGAUUGGAGGGCAUCAAAUGGAGGACAACUUGCUGCAGUUUGAUCUUGAGUCGAAGAGGCUAGGGUUUAGUUCUUCUCUUCUGGUACAUGGUACAAUGUGUGGUAAUUUUAAUUUUACGACCAACAAUAAUUUGAUAGUUAUGUAAUAGUUAAUUAGGGUUCAACUAUUUGUAGUGAAAUUAUUAAAAUUUGAGGGUUUUUUUUUAACUUGUUUUGGACUUAAAUUUAUGUAUGUUGAAUA